AUGGUGCAUGCAGGAAGAGAUUCAGACAAACCGGAAAAGCAUAAAGAAGAGAUCAACGCGGUGAAGCGUACGGACACCAAAAAUGAAGACAAUAAAGCUGGAGGGAACGUACCAAACAAGAACUGCAGCUCGGCAGGACAUAUAAGCUUCAAAGGAGAACAUGACGAUUUUUCUGGACUAACCAAAGCGAGUAAAUCUUCUUCUAUGGAUGUGGGAUUGGGUUCUGCAGCUUCGGAUGAGCCUUCCAACUCUUCCAAGAUGAGGAAGGAGAAUGUGCAUCCAACAAGAAGUAAUGACUUCGAUUCGAAUGGGAGGUCCCCCCCUCUGUCGAAAAAGAGUAGCAAGGCAUUCAGUGUGGACAACUCAGAAAAGGAAGCUUUUAAUGAUAUGAAAAAAAAAACCAAAGUGGAGAGUGAGGGUGCAAAGGGGUUGGUAGAAAGACAAAAGAGUGUUGGGUCGAACGGAGGGGAGGAGGGACUCCAUGCUAAGGCAGGCCAUCGAAGGGACGAGCGAGGCGAAGGCGGGCAUGGCGAAGGCGGGCAUGGGGAAGGUGCACACGGCAAAGACGCACAUGGGGAAGGUGCACACGGCAAAGACGCACACGGGGAAGAGGUAACAAAUCAGGACAAAAAAGGAAAGUCACCAAAGAAAAUCAAAAACGUAAAUGAGUAUCUCCUAGAAAGAAGGAGCAGCCAGAAAAUCACCGUCUUUGUUGGAGAAAAAAUGCAGAAGGCCAAGGCGGAUUUCAAGUACGGCGAGGAUGCACACACGAAUGUGAGCUGCAGGACGGAUGGGGAUGACAUGAAUGGAGGUGCUCAUGUGGAAGCUAACCAAGACGCAGAAGCAAACAGAGAACAUAACAGGGUCAUCGAGAAGAAACAGAAAAAAACUGUGUUCACUGCACAGUUGUGUAAGCGAAGUAACGCCGAUGCCAGGGCAUGCGAAGAGCUUGUUAAGGAGAAGCCAAAAAAAACCGUUUUUGAGGCACAGCUGUGUAAGAGAAGUAGUGCAGAUGCUCGGGCUUGUGAGGAGCUAUCCAAGAGGCAAGAAAAAACGAUCUUCGAAUCGCAGCUGUGUGAAAGGAGCAAUGCUGAUGCGAGGGCUGGAGAGGAGCUAGCCAAGAAGAACCCUGAACAAACGAUCUUCGAAGCACAACUGUGUGAACGAAGCAAUGCUGAUGCGAGAGCAGGUGAGGAGCUAGCCAAGAAGCAAGAAAAAACGGUCUUCGAAUCACAGGCCUGUCUUACCAGCAAAGCCGACGCGAGGGCAUGCGAUCGGUUGGAGGAUAAACUGGGCGGAGAAAGCGUAGUGUACGAGGCGCAGAUGUGUGUAAAUAGUGCUGCAGAUUUUAAGUCCUCCGAUAAGAUAAAGGAGGUGAUGAAGCGGAACAUGGCAGAUGAGUGCCACACGUU